AUGGCUUCUGCAAAUUCUAGGGGUGAGACAUUGCUGUCUUCCUCACCCAGCAAUGUAAUUAGUGGUACGAGCUACAAGGGGUUCCCUGGAAACGAGCAGGACGAAGACGACAAGGAUCAUUUUCAUCAAGCAAAUGUCAGUAUUGGAUCUGAGUCCAACAGAACAUCUCGUAGUCUUACCAGUCCAGUUCUCAGUCAGCAUCAACUACAUCACGAUCCUCACGUGCUUCACGACCUUCCAUCUCAACACGAUUUCACAUACAAUUCACACAUUUAUAGUAUUGGCCAAGCAUCUCCACAGAGUCCUGGGUUUUCUCGUCGAAGCGAAACUGGCUCCCAUAGCUCAGAAUCCAGCCUUUCUUUCACCAGAGACACUCCUAAACGGUAUUCAAAACCCUCAUUAGACAGACGUCGACUAUCCAUAAAUACGCUGCUGACCAAUAAUGAACGCUUGGAAAGCGCACUUGAACUUGAAGAAAUGGAGUGCCACAAACUGGAGAAGACUCUCCAGGAUCAUAAAAUAAAGCUUUCCAACUCGUUAUUACUACAGAGUCAAUUAGAGGAUGAUUUGGUGAAGCGGGAUGAGCAAAUCGGCUUGCUUCAGAAACAAGCCAAGGACGCCCGUAAGACUAGAAUCGAGCUUGAAACUGAGUUGUCUGAGGAGGUUAAAAAGUACAUUAAUGAGAAGCAAAUGUGGUUAUCAAAAGAGGAAGAAUAUGAGGAAAAGCUUUCCAACUGUAAUACCAAAAUCAAGAGUCUUAGCGAGAACCUUGAAGUCGCCAGGUUGGAGUUUGAGAACUUAAAGUUCAGUGGCGGUUCUUCCCGGUCAGCAGCACCUUCGGUCAAAAACGUAGAGGCAUCUCAACCUAUUUCCGAUUCCGGUGCUAAUAAGUUUAUCGAGCGGAUGAAGAAGGAGUCUGAAAUGGCCCAGCAACAAAUGGAAAUGGUCACUCGCGAAUAUCAAGCAAGAUACAAUAGAAUCAAGAGCGAGAUGGAGCAAGUCCAAGAAGUAAACAAACGACUCAUUGAAGAAAAUGAAGGAUUUCAGUUGCUGUUAGCAGAAAAGACUAUUUUAGGAGGAUUCUCUCUUGCUGAUGAACUGGACCAGGAUGUUAAUCAAGAUGUCUUUAUUAGUGAAGACGACGAGACUGAGAAUCAGCAGAAGCUUAGCGAUACCGAAGCGAGCAGUAGCUUUGAGAGUGACUCGGAUUUAGAAACUCCUGUUUCCAAGAGACGACCUGUUCGCAAUUCCAGUCUGCCAAACUAUGCUAAAGACGAAGCCGUCACUAAUGCUGAGGGUGUUGAUGAUAUUGACCCUCUUGACACUGACGAUGACAACAUUCGCAGUCUGGACAUUCCGAGUGACAGUUCCCCCACUAGUGAUUCUAAGAAGAGUGAAUCUAAAACGCCACCCUCGCUUUCGACUAAUGCUAAACGUCAAGUAUACCAAUUGCAGUUUGAAAAGACAUCACUCCAAAAUUAUAACCGUGCAUUGAAAUCAUCUUUGGAAAGACUCGUAUCAAGACUGCUUGAAUAUAGAGAGUUUGAAAAGGUUGUAGAAGAUCACAACGUCCUCAACAAACGGUCGAUAACGUCGUUUCAAGACCGGGUUGUUUCGCUAUCAAAUCAGCAUCCACCUACCUUAGAUGUUCCACGACAGAGACUCAAUUCAGCAUCUGCACCAGCAUCAACAGCGUCUAAUCAACGUGGUCAUAGUUUUACAUCGUCAAUAAGCUCUGGCUUUAGUAGUGUAAUGGGUCGGAGCAAAGGAGCCAACUCAAUAUCGGGACCGAGCGGCAACAUACAGGGCCAUCAUUCCCACAGCUCCAGUAACCCCUUGUUUCAUAUGAAUCCACCAACUACGCCAUCUGGGAUAGUCCCAAGACCAUACAGAGGUACUCUUCGUCCUUCCAGCACUUGGUCGUCGAUGCUCUUCGCGGCAUCUCCUUCGACUCCCACAUCACCUAAUAUCAAUCGAGAUUCUCGACAAUUCAGCACUACCAGCACCAAUAGUGAAUCUACAGCACCACGUUCUCCAUCUUCUACAUCGUCCUUGGUAUCCUCAUCAUCUGCUGCUAGCAUCUCAAGUGGCUGUUCAGGCACCCUAUCGGUGAUUGACCCUACGAUUCUGCCACUGAGUGAUAACAAGCACUUGGUCCGCACAACCACGAGGAGCCAGAAGCAGCUACGACCGCUUCGCCUAGUCGUUGCACCCACCGACGCCAAUUCCAACCCAGCACCGCCAUUACAAUCGGCAUCCUCACAAUCAUCAGGCUGGUUUUCUUAA